CAAUGUCAUAAAAGUGCAAGACGCAAGUGGUAACGAACGCGAAAAUAAAUCGGCUUUCGGCGAUUUUUAUUUGUUGUAUUAUAAUUUGUCUCGAAAAUUAUUAAAAAUGGUUGAAAACAAUGGACUCGAACUAUCUGAAGCAGAAGCCGAGCAAUAUGAUCGUCAAAUUCGUCUUUGGGGAUUGGAAUCUCAAAAGAGAAUUCGUUCAUCGAAAGUUUUGAUCAUUGGUUUAUCCGGUUUGGGUGCCGAAAUCGCUAAAAACAUUAUUCUGUCUGGAGUCAAAAGUGUAUGUUUGCUGGACAGUGAAAAAUUAAAAGAGACAGAUUUGCACUCUCAGUUCUUAGCACCGAGCGACAAGAUCGGUGAGAACAGAGCCGAAACUUCGUUGCAACGCGCGAGGGCUUUGAACCCGAUGGUAGAGGUUACCGCCGAGACGAAAGCAGUAGAUGAGCUGCCGGAUAGUUAUUUUGCAAGUUUCGACGUGGUGUGUGCUACAGGGCUCAAGCAAGAACAACUGGAGCGCAUAAACAACAUUUGCCGCGACAAUACGAAUAAAUUCCUGUGCGGCGACGUUUGGGGUAUGUUCGGUUAUAUGUUCGCUGAUCUGUUUGAUCACGAGUAUUCCGAGGAAAUAGUACAGCACAAAGCCGUGAAACGAGGCCCCGAUGACACUGAGAAAAACGCGAGAGAGACCGUCACAAUCAACGUGAAACGUCGGGCGAUUUACGUGCCGCUGCAAAACGCGUUGUCAGCUGACUGGAGCAAGCCCGAACUACGGUCGCGACUUCGCCGCGGGGAUCCGUCAUACUUCGUCAUGAAGAUACUACUAAGAUUCCGUGAUGAGUAUAACAGAAAUCCUGACCCAGCGAAACGGAAAUCUGACACUGAAAUUUUGUUGCGUAUGCGAGAUGAGCUUGUGAAGGAAUUGAAUCUGCCUGUGGGUUUUGUAUCUGAUGCUUUACUGACUGAUGUGUUUGGAGUAGUGGCGGGGGCGGCAGCUGUGGUAGGAGGUGUCAUAGGCCAGGAGGUGGUGAAGGCAGUGAGCCAGCGUGAGCCGCCACACAAUAACAUGUUUUUCUUCAACCCUGUCAAAUGUGUCGGAUUUGUUGAACUGUAUGGACAAUAAGCUUUGUGACUUUUGUAACUUAAAUGUAAUAAUAAAUUUAAUUUGAUAAGUAAAA